CUCGGAACUGGGAGGCUUAGAAAAUGGAGCUAACUAGAGAGCGAGGGGUAAGAAGAGCAAAACAGUUGUUAACUAGAGAAGGCGAUUAACGUUAAUAUAGAGUGACAAUCAGAAAAUGAAGGUAUCGGCAGGAGAUAGUAGAGACAUGGCAGCUGAAGGCGAAGCAGUGAGCAAUAAGCAAGUGAUAUUCAAGAACUAUGUCACUGGCUUCCCAAAAGAAUCAGAUAUGUAUUUGACUACAUCUUCUAUUAAUCUCCAAGUACCAGAAGGUAGUGAUGCUGUUUUAGUCAAGAAUCUGUUCUUAUCAUGUGAUCCGUACAUGCGCGGUCGAAUGAAAAAUUUCCCUUCUGAUGAUCCUCAGUUUUCUCCGUUCCAUCCCGGCUCUCCUGUUUUUGGACUUGGAGUUGCGAAAGUGGUGGAUUCAGGGCAUCCUAAGUUCAAGAAAGGUGACUUGGUAUGGGGACCAACCAAGUGGGAAGAGUAUACUUUGGUAUCAUCUCCUGACCAUCUCUUCAAAAUCCAUCAUACUGAUAUUCCACUCUCUUACUACACCGGUCUUCUUGGCAUGCCUGGGAUUACUGCUUACUUCGGCUUAAAUGAUAUUUGUACUCCUAAGAAAGGUGAACGAGUCUAUGUUUCAGCAGCUUCUGGUGCAGUAGGGCAGCUUGUUGGCCAAUUUGCGAAGCUGAUGGGUUGCUAUGUUGUUGGAAGUGCUGGUAGUAAAGAAAAGGUUGAUCUGUUAAAAGACAAGUUUGGAUUUGAUGAAGCUUUUAAUUACAAAGAGGAGCACGAUUGGGACGCAACUUUGAAAAGGUACUUCCCUGAAGGCAUCGACAUAUACUUCGAAAACGUUGGAGGAAAAAUGCUCGAUGCAGUGCUGCUAAACAUGAGAGUCCAUGGUCGAAUCGCUGCAUGCGGAAUGAUCUCUCAGUACAAUUUGCAGCAACCUGAAGGAGUCCACAAUUUGAUGACUAUUGUGUACAAACGAAUUCUGAUUAAAGGGUUUGUUUCUUUUGAUUACUUUGGACAGUACUCAAAAAUUUUGGACUACGUUUUGCCUUACAUUCGAGAAGGGAAGAUUAGUUAUGUUGAAGACAUUGCUGAUGGGAUUGAGAGUGCUCCUGCUGCUCUUGUAGGCCUUUUCAGUGGCAGAAAUGUUGGCAAACAAGUUGUGGCAGUUGCUCAUGAUUGAAUUACAAUUACUAACUAAUAAAGACCACAUCAAUUAGAACUUAAUUAGUUUUUUAAUUGGAAUUAAUGUGGUUUUUAUUAAUUAAUAAUAAUAUUUCAAUCAUGUUACAUGUCACACAGUAAAUUGUGUUCAUGUAACUAGUAUUUAUCUGGAAAAAAAAAACUAGUAUUUGUCUUGCGAUGCAAGAAAUAAGCUUAGCACCCUAGUUUUCCUUGAAAGAUUUCCAUGUACCAAAACAAUAAGCAUCUAUUUAGUAAAUGGUUGGUGAUAAAGUUUAUGAAA